AUGCGAGGUAACGCAGAAGCUAAUUCCAAGUUUUCCCAAUCCAAGAUGCGAGGUAACGCAGCAUUAGCUUCUGGCGUGGCCUCAUUGUUGCUAUUCUUCUCCUCCAUGCCCAUUUGUCAAGCAAAGCUAGGCCUAGGGGAACCAAAAGUGAGCCAAAUCGAAAUCUACAUGCACGACCUCCUCGUCGCAGAGAAGCCUACGGCAGUGAUCGUGGCCGAAGCCAACACGACAAAGUCCUCGCCCACUCUCUUUGGCCAGGUCGUCGUUGUGGAUGACCCCAUGACCGAAGGGCCGGAGCUCACAUCCAAGUUGAUUGGGAAGGCACAAGGCCUGUAUGCUCCCUCAUCCCAAAGUGAGAUCAGUUUGUUCGAAGCCGUCGAUUUCGUAUUCACAUAUGACAAGUUCAAUGGCAGUACUCUCAGUGUGAUGGGAAGGAACCCAAUUCUGCAGAAAGAGAGAGAGCUGUCGAUUAUUGGAGGUAGUGGAGCCUUCCGUCUCGCUCGUGGCUACGCUCUUAAACAAACCUACUCCUUCGAUACUGCAACUCUGAAUGCUGUAGUCCAUUACAAUGUAACCGUUAUCCACUACUGA